AUGUACCGGAGCCUGACCCUGGGCGCCAGCCCCGGCCAGGCCGCCUUCGCCGACUCAGGCGCGUUCCUCGUGCCGCCCGCGCGCGUCCCCCCAGUGCUGCCCUACCUGCCCACGUGCGAGCCAGGCCCGCAGCCGUCGGCGCUGGCCGCACACCCGGGCUGGGCGCCCCCAGCCGCCGCGGACCCUCCGGCCUUCACCUGCGGAAGCCCGAACCCGCCGUCCGCGCAGCCGCCCGGGGCCGGCGCCUUCGGCCUCGCGCACAGCCCGUCAGGGCCCGGCGGGGGCCGCGGAGACGGCGGCUCCUACCCGGGGCAGCACCCCCGGCCCGUGGGCGCCCCUUACGCCACUCCCUACCCGGCCUUCGUGGGCUCCGAGGUGGCCCCAGCCUGGACCUCCGGGCCAUUCGACGGCAGCGUCUUGCACGGCCACCCGGGCCGCAGAACCGCCUUCGUGUCCGACUUCUUGGAGGAAUUCCCCGGGGAGGGGCGCGAGUGUGUCAACUGCGGGGCGCUGUCCACGCCUCUGUGGCGCAGGGACGGCACCGGCCACUACCUGUGCAAUGCCUGUGGCCUCUACCACAAGGUCAACGGAGUCAACAGACCUCUGGUGAGGCCACACAAGCGCUUGUCGGCGUCCCGGCGCGCUGGCCUCUGCUGCACCAACUGCCACACGACCAACACGACGCUCUGGCGCCGCAACGCAGACGGCGAGCCCGUGUGCAACGCGUGUGGCCUCUACAUGAAGCUGCACGGGGUGCCGCGGCCUCUGGCCAUGAAGAAAGAGAGCAUCCAGACCCGGAAGCGGAAGCCAAAGAGCCUGGGCGGGACCAAGAGCUCCCCAGGGUCCACAGGGAACCCCGGCACCUCCCUGCCUGCCUCGACUCCCCACCCUGAGAGCUCCGUGCCCACUCUGAAACCUGAUCCCAGCCUGGACUCCCCUUCCUGCCCCGGGCCCAGCGGCCCAGCCCAGGCCUCUGCUCAUCUGGACGAGCCCCCGGCCCCCAGCCUCCUGGAGUUCAGAUUCGAGCCCGAAGCCUUCAUGCCCCCUGCGGCUGGCCUGGGGGGUGCAUGGUGUGCCCUGGCCUUGGCCUAG